CUCAAAGAUCGACAUGGAGCUGAAUGCAAGAUUUGUUUGCGACCUUUCACAUGCUUCCGGUGGAUGCCUGGAAAAGGGAUGCGCUAUAAGAAAACGGAAGUAUGCCAGACCUGUGCGAAAAUGAAGAAUGUCUGUCAGACGUGCCUCUUGGAUCUUGAAUUUGGAUUACCUGUGCAAGUGCGUGACCAUGCCCUGCAAAUACAGGACCAGAUGCCGAAGCAGGGCGCUAAUCGUGACUUCUACAUCCAGAAACAGGAGAAAGAGUUGGCGCUCACCGAUGGCACGACUCCAGUCCGCGCACUGGCCAAGGCUUCCGUCGACUCGCCUUCAACCGAUUUACUGAGGAAGCUGGCUCGCAACCAGCCGUAUUAUCAGAGGAACAAACCUCACAUUUGCUCGUUCUUCGUAAAAGGUGAAUGCAGGCGUGGCGAGGAAUGCCCAUACAGACAUGAGCGGCCGUCAGAUCCGGACGAUCCGUUAAGCCAUCAAAACAUGCGAGAUCGUUACUACGGCAGUCAUGAUCCGGUUGCCGAGAAACUUUUGAAUCGUGCGAAAGCAAUGCCUGUGCUACAGCCUCCGGAGGAUACAAGCAUUACAACACUUUAUGUGGGUGAUUUGGGUCCACCCGGAGUAAUCAAUGAAUCAGAUCUGAGGGAUUAUUUCUAUCAGUUUGGAGAAAUUCGCAGUCUUAGUGUUCUGUCAGCAAAAGGUUGCGCAUUCAUCGCCUUCACAACACGACAGGCCGCCGAAAAAGCCGCGGAACGGGCAUUCAAUAAACUUAUCCUUCAAGCUUGUCCAGUGCCUGACCUCUUCGAUGAUUUAUCAGCUUCAUCGAUAAAUCUGCGCCCCGAUCAAAUACCAAUGCCUGCAGUACCUCCGGCAGCAAAUUAUGCACCUCCUGUACAACUUGUCGUACCUCAGGUGCCAUACGAGCGCAUGGUGCCGUACGUGCCGGCUGCAACGGCGCCAAUUUACUAUCCGAGUCAGGACCCACAACGACUGGGUGCCAGGAGAGAUGCGGAGUGA